CCACUUCCACAUCUACAACUGGGACAAGUCAUCUCACGAAAUGUGACAUAAAGCAGAAAGCCUUCUGUGUAAAUGGGGGAGAAUGUUACAUGGUUAAAGACCUCCCAAAUCCCCCAAGAUACCUAUGCAGGUGCCCAAAUGAAUUUACUGGUGAUCGCUGCCAAAACUACGUAAUGGCCAGCUUCUACAGUACGUCCACUACCUUUCUGUCUGUGCCGCAGUAG